GGGAGGGCAGAGAUGGGAGGGGUUUAAAGAAGGGAAAGAGGGUCAACAUGGGCAAAAUUUGAGUAAUAAUGAAGGGACUUUAGUGAACGGUAAGGAAAUGAAUGUGAAUGGGAAUGAGAAUUUGGAGAGUGGUGAGGGAAGAGUAGGGAAUGGAAAGGUGGAGGAGAAGAAAGAGGCAGUUGUCAAACCUGAAGUGGAUAGUUCAGUUGAAGUCACAGGAAGCAGACAAGCAGUCUCCUCUGGUUCAUGUAACGUGGAAAAUGAUACUCACUCUGAGCGCAUACCACAACAAGAGCAGAACCUUACAGUUACUCCAAAAACAUUUGUUGCUAAUGAGACAUUUGAUGGAAAAACGGUUAAUGUGGUUGAUGGACUGAAACUAUACGAAGAAAUUUUUGAUAACUCAGAAGUUUCAAAACUUGUUGCAUUGGUAAAUGACUUGAGAGUUGCUGGGAAAAGAGGACAGUUUCAGGGACAAACAUUUGUGGUCUCUAGGAGACCCAUGAAGGGUCACGGCAGGGAAAUGAUUCAAUUUGGCCCGCCCAUUGCAGAUGCACCACCUGAAGAUGAGGCUUCAUCAGGGACCUCCAAAGAUCGGAAAAUGGAACCAAUCCCUAGCUUGUUUGAAGAUAUUAUUGAACGUUUGGUUGCCUUGCAAGUUGUUAGUGUGAAGCCAGACUCUUGCAUUGUUGACAUAUUCAAUGAGGGUGAUCACUCACAGCCACAUACAUGGCCUCAUUGGUUCGGAAGGCCAGUGUGUGUUCUGUUCUUGACAGAUUGUGAAAUGACAUUUGGCAAGGUAAUUGGGAUAGAUCAUCCAGGGGAUUACAGAGGAUCCUUGAGACUUUCGCUUACACCUGGAUCCCUGAUGCUACUUGAUGGAAGAUCCUCGGAUUUUGCCAGACAUGCAAUCCCCUCCAUCCGGAAACAGCGCAUUCUUGUCACCUUAACAAAGUCACAGCCAAAGAAGAUUACAUCCAGUGAUGCUCAACGUUUUCCUUCCUCUGCUCCAGUUCCUUCUCACUGGGUUCCACCUCCAGGCAGGUCACCUAAUCAUAUUCGGCAUCCUGUCGGCCCAAAGCCUUUUGGUCCAGUGCCCACAAAUGGUGUAUUGCCAGCUCCACCUGCUCGUCCACCAUUACCACCUCCAAAUGGCAUCCAGCCAAUUUUUGUCCCUGCUGCAGUUGCCCCAGCCAUACCUUUUCCUGCACCUGUUGCUCUGCCUCCCGCUACUGCUGCAUGGCCAGCAGCCCCUCCAAGGCACCCUCAGCCUCGGUUGCCAGUCCCUGGCACUGGAGUUUUUCUUCCUCCAUCUGGUUCUGAAAAGGACGAAAGGGAGGGGAAUUCAAAAGUUGACAAUGCUUCUCCAAAAGUUGCAGUCAGUGAAAAGGUGGAACAGCAAGAAUGCAACGGGAGCACCGAUGAAAUUGACGGCAAGAAAUCAAUAGGGAAGGAAGAGCAGCAUGACAGUGUUGAUUUGAAGGCAACUGGGGGAUCAGUGUAGAGUUAAGAGAAAACAAGGAGGAGUUGGCGGUGAAGAUGCACAUUUUGGGAGAAGUGUAGGCUCGAAAAUAUAGUUGAGUUUUGAAGCAAAUGUAAAGAGCGGCAAAAUUGAUACUUACACUUUUCACACCUACAGCAGGGCAUGGGGAAAGGUGUUAAUCUGGUCUUUUGUCUAAUGCCUCUGCUUGCUGCUGCUUUUUUGUUGUGUCAAUACUAUAUGGAUUCUUAAAGAGUAUUUAUUAGCUAGGGGACUCUUUCACACAAUUUCGAAGUAGUUCCAUCUCCUAGACACUCUUCUAUCUGAUCUUGCUUCCACA